GGAGCUCGAGAAUCGCUUCACGUUUGCUUCUGCCUGUCAAGUUAUCAGCGCGAAUUUGUUAGCAGAUUUCGUUGUACGGGGGCGCAAAAGCCACGACUUAAAUCGUAAUAUAUUGGAUGACUAGAUACAUUUCCAGAGUGUUUGCAAUGUUGGCUUGCAAUUAAAAGUAGAGUAGGAUUUAUGAGGUCUUCGAGGGAAAAAAAAUCUCUUCUAUUGUGUCAUUAAUCAAGAUUAUCCAAUAUUAUUAAAAUUGCAAACAGAAGAAGUCGCAGAGAAAAGAGAAAGAGAAAAGAUACAAGUAUUGAUGUGCUUUUUCGUUCUGUUUGUUAAUUCGCGGCGCGUUGGGGGUAAAUAUAUGCCUGAGCCGACGACGCGAAGAAUUAUAGGAGAUGUGCAUGCAACAAUAUCAGCAGAUGACAUCUAAUAAAACAAGUGGACGAUGGAGUGUUUUGUAAAGCUCUGUUAAGCUUUAGUUGCUACACGGUAUGGUAUAAAAAGGGGGGAAUAAAAAAAAUCUAAACAUGAAUUCGUCAUUGGAUGCAGCAAACGGGACAUCUGCGGCUUAUUCGGCUUACAUACCUGAACUUGCGUUUAUUAUCCCACUUACCUGGGGUCUUCUUGUGAUCAUUGGGUCUGUUGGAAAUGGACUUGUGAUUUAUACCUUGGGUAGAAACGGUGAAACAUCCCCAACGAACGUGUAUGUGAUCAACUUGGCGCUGGCGGAUCUAACAUAUUUGAUAAUCGUGAUUCCUAUUACUACAGUCGCUUUUGCUGUCGAGGAAUGGAUCUUUGGAGACGCGAUGUGCAAAAUCAGCAACUAUAUGAUUUAUGUGACCCUCCAUGCCACUUGCUUCACCCUAACAGCCCUGACCAUAGACCGCUACCACGCCAUAGUGAACGCUGUCAGUUCGCUUCACUGGAGGACCCGCAGGACCUCAACUAUCGUCAGCUUACUGGUGUGGGCAGUGUCCUUCCUCAUCUCGAUCCCCUUCGCCAUGUAUCACGAAGUGAAACAUGAAGUUGGAGGGGCCAAGUUGUACUGUGUCCCGGCCUGGGGAGGGGAGGAGAAAGAUAAACUGGUCACCCUGAUCGUCAUCUUUACCACGUACAUCAACCCCCUCGCUAUCAUUAUCGUGUGCUACACACAGAUUCUGCGCAACCUCUGGACCGGAAAUAGACACACCUACAUGCCGAGUAUCAAAACUGAGGUGAUAUUGCUGAAUAUACAGCAGGCAUGUUGCUUGGAAGACGUAAACAGUAGCGUCCCUUUAUCAAGGCGCUCCCAGACAAGACGGAGAAGCAAAGUUACCCGGAUGGUCUUCAUCGUGGUUCUACUUUUUGCAGUCUGCUGGCUUCCGGUCCAUGUAUUUCAGUUGAAUCGCCUUUUUAACCCGAAUUUCCCUAAAACCAAAGUGGUAUACGUGCUCAAAAUGAUCAGCCACACACUGUCCUAUGCCAACUCAAUCGUAAAUCCGUUUGUUUACGCGUUUCUUAACGACGGUUUCCGAAAAGCGUUUCGGCGUACGUUUCCGCUUAUUAGCAGUUUCUGCCCGUGUGCUCAACUGACCUUCGAGGGCAACAGCCAUGCAUCCGACAUGGUGGACAGAUGUGUUCAAACACGUGUAGGCGAGUGCCAGGAUGAAAACGGAAAUGGUGGAACGGAAAUCGUGUCCAUGUCGCACGUCUCUGAGCACAAGAACUCCAUUCCUUUGGUUCUAAUACCGAAACCUCUGCAUUCAGACAUAGAGGAGAAAAGCGGAAGUGAACUUGAAAACUAAAAUGUUUAGAGGUUUGAUUACAUAAUCGGUAAAAUGUUUCCGUAUUUCUUUUUCCGAUUCAUGUUAUUGCCAGGGGGAUUUUUUUUCUGGUAAAGCUGUGAUUUGGAAUAUCUGCGAAAGUAAAGUAUCAUGUCACUUCUAACGUACAAUGUACCCACGUUGCUUUAGAUAAAAGUGUGUAGGGCGGUUUUAUACCUGUGAAAAACAUAUAUGGGUAUCAUGACUCUUUAAGAGCUUAAUUAGUUUCUUCACUUCCGUAACUAAAGACUUGUUGAGGAAAGACGAAAUAAAAUGUCAAGUCCGAAUGUGAAAUUGCUCGAAGGUUUUUGGAAUGUGUGAACUUUUUUCACUGGAUGAAAAAGGAAUCAAUUACGUAAUUGUGCAUCGCAACUCUUCUAUUAGAUAUUUUUGUAUAUUGAUAUCAUAUUAAAGUGAUGUGGACGUAUUCAACCUUGUGGGCAUUGUUGUAAACGAAGAAUGAAUGGCAAGUCUUCGUGGAAUUUAAGGCUAUGUAUACGAAACACAUUUUGAUUAUUUUCAAUUUCACAAAAUUAUAUAUGAUAUGGUCACGUUUAACUAGAAUUGAUCAAUCAACUCUAUGUAUCAAAGUAUAUUCUAUAUUUUCGGGGUUUUUUUAUUUUUACAAUGAUUGAUUAAGACUAAACCGAAAAAUAGGAAAAAAUCCCUCAUUCUUUAGUAGGCAUUAUUUUGAAUGUCAAAUUUUAAAAAAGUACCCUAUCGCGUUGAGUAGGUUUCGCUCGGACAUUAAAAUAUUAUUUUAAAAAAAAACUGUUUGUAAUUGGUGCUAAUUUUCUUGUUCCUCAGGUACGUGUAAAGAUUUUUUUUUCUGAACUAGUUUUGCGAAGAAUGAAUAUUAAUUAACCUAAUACAGCAAGUGAUUGUGUUAUAGACAAUUUGCACAACAACAAGACACGAUUUUAGUGAAAUUUAUUGAAAUAAAAAAAAGCUAGAUGCUAUGAAAGAUGCGCCCCCUCCCCCCCCCCCCCUACCCGAAUAUUCAAAGUUUUAAAAUUUUACACAAUAGAAUUACCGAAAAUCAAAAUUAUCCCUCACACCUCUGAUUUCUUUUUUUUUUUUUUUUUUUUUUUUUUGGAUCCACUCAUGUAUAUGUAUCAAAUAGUUUUGCUGCCAUAACUCAUAGUGUAAUGCAGAUUGAAAUUACGACGUUCUUGCUGAUUUGCUAGGGGUUUUUUUUCCCCUAAAAUAUAAAUCAAUACUAGUAUGUUUAAUGCUAUGAAGAUGAUAACAAUGCAUUUUGAUAAUGAUAAUGACUCUCCUUGAUUUUGACAUUUGAAGAAAAAAAAUACGUCGGUAUCAUAAUUUGAUUUUAAUUGAUAAAACCGAAUGGCAGCGGGCGGUUUUCAAAUAAAACAACAGUCGUUGGCUGCUAAUCCGUGAUGCUCUACGCUUUGAGUUUUCAACCACAAAGGUUGUAUUUGCAUUAAACAGGCCUUUCAUCUUCACCCUUAAUGACAUAUUCAACCACUGAAUUAUCGCUGUAAGCAUCGUACUAUUUUUUCUCUAUUUUCUUUCUUUCUUUUUUUUUUAAUUUAAGACUACUUUCAGGACAUUACGUAUUUGAAUUGUUUUGAUGUGCCAUAGAUAUUCAAUGUAAAGCAGUUAGUGUAUAGAAAUAUGUACAUGUACUUCAGUAUUUACAGACAUAAUUAUAUAUAUAAAGUGCAGUUUUGUAACUUCUUGGAGUCUUUAGUUUUAUGUGUAUUGUACAUAACGAAUGUGUGAUUUUGUGGUAUCUUUGGCAUUGAUUGUUAAAUAUCGAUUAAAUAAUUUUUAUAUUAAAA